CGCACUGUGACGUUCCCAGAGAGGAACGAAGCGUAAACAGCGCAGGGCAUUUCGGGAGCGGGAUUGUUUCGCGCAGGAAGCAGGCUCCAUUUUAGCGCCGCCCGCCGUCGCCAUCUGUUUCCCUUCCCUCCCCCAUACCCUCGCCCGAGUCUGAGCCCUAACGAGAAGGCUGGGCCUAGGCCGCUGGAGGCUGGAGUGAAAGGAAGGGAGAAAGGGAAAAAGCGGGAAGAGUCGAGAAGGCUGAGUGUUAAGAGGCCAAGUGCGACGCGCGUAUCCGGGCGGACGGACUGACGGACGGGCCGGUGCUUCUGCCGCGGCUGCGGCGCCCGCGCGAGUCGCGUCUAAGCGGCGGCGGCGGUGGCAGCGGCGGAAACCGAAGGGGAGCAAUGGCGGCCGACAGUCGGGAGGAGAAAGAUGGAGAACUUAAUGUUCUGGAUGAUAUUUUGACUGAAGUACCAGAACAAGAUGAUGAACUGUAUAAUCCAGAGAGUGAACAAGAUAAAAAUGAGAAAAAGGGAUCAAAAAGAAAAAGUGAUCGAAUGGAACCUACUGAUACCAAACGACAAAAGCCUUCUGUCCAUUCAAGACAACUGGUUUCUAAGCCACUGAGCUCAUCUGUUAGCAAUAACAAAAGAAUAGUUAGUACAAAAGGAAAGUCAGUCACAGAGUAUAAAAAUGAGGAAUAUCAAAGAUCUGAAAGAAACAAGCGUCUAGAUGCUGAUCGGAAAAUUCGUCUAUCAAGUAGUGCCUCCAGAGAACCUUAUAAGAAUCAACCUGAAAAAACCUGUGUCCGGAAAAGGGAUCCUGAAAGGAGGGCCAAAUCUCCUACGCCAGAUGGUUCUGAGAGAAUUGGGCUUGAAGUGGAUAGACGUGCAAGCAGAUCCAGCCAGUCUUCUAAGGAAGAAGUGAACUCUGAAGAGUAUGGCUCUGACCAUGAGACUGGCAGCAGUGGUUCUUCUGAUGAGCAAGGCAACAACACUGAGAAUGAGGAGGAAGGAGUGGAAGAUGUGGAGGAAGAUGAAGAAGUAGAAGAAGAUGCAGAAGAAGAUGAAGAGGUAGAUGAAGAUGGAGAGGAGGAGGAGGAAGAGGAGGAGGAGGAGGAAGAAGAGGAGGAGGAGGAGGAAGAAGAAGAAUAUGAACAGGAUGAGAGAGACCAGAAAGAGGAGGGAAAUGAUUAUGACACUCGAAGUGAGGCCAGUGACUCUGGUUCUGAAUCUGUUUCCUUCACAGAUGGGUCUGUCAGAUCUGGUUCAGGCACAGAUGGAUCAGUUGACUGGCUGAGACAGGGUCGACAAGAGGGCUGGGGUGUGAGGUAUAAGAUGGAGACGAAGACUAUAAAUAAAAUUCUUGUGGAAAAAUCAGAUGAGAAAAAGAAGGAAAGGAAGAGAGCUAGAGGCAUAUCUCCAAUUGUUUUUGAUAGAAGUGGAAGCUCUGCAUCAGAGUCAUAUGCAGGUUCAGAAAAGAAGCAUGAGAAAUUAUCAUCUUCCGUUCGUGCUGUCCGAAAAGAUCAAACCAGUAAACUCAAAUAUGUGCUUCAAGAUGCAAGAUUUUUCCUCAUAAAGAGUAACAACCAUGAGAAUGUGUCUCUUGCCAAAGCUAAGGGUGUAUGGUCCACGCUACCUGUAAAUGAGAAGAAAUUAAAUCUUGCAUUUAGAUCUGCAAGGAGUGUUAUCUUAAUAUUUUCUGUCAGAGAGAGUGGAAAAUUUCAAGGGUUUGCAAGACUUUCUUCAGAAUCACAUCACGGAGGAUCUCCUAUACACUGGGUGCUUCCAGCAGGAAUGAGUGCUAAAAUGCUGGGAGGUGUCUUUAAAAUUGACUGGAUUUGCAGGCGAGAAUUACCCUUCACUAAGUCGGCUCAUCUCACCAAUCCUUGGAAUGAACAUAAACCAGUAAAGAUCGGACGUGAUGGACAGGAAAUUGAACUUGAAUGUGGAACCCAGCUUUGUCUUCUGUUUCCCCCCGAUGAAAGUAUUGACUUGUAUCAGGUCAUUCAUAAAAUGCGUCACAAGAGAAGAAUGCAUUCUCAGCCCAGAUCACGAGGACGUCCAUCCCGUCGAGAACCAGUCCGGGAUGUGGGAAGGCGUCGACCAGAAGAUUAUGAUAUUCAUAACAGCAGAAAGAAACCAAGGAUUGACUAUCCCCCUGAGUUUCACCAGAGACCAGGGUAUUUAAAGGAUCCACGAUACCAGGAAGUGGACAGUUUCACAAAUCUUAUUCCCAACAGACGAUUUUCAGGAGUUCGCCGAGAUGUGUUUUUAAAUGGGUCCUACAAUGAUUAUGUGAGGGAAUUUCAUAACAUGGGACCACCACCACCUUGGCAAGGAAUGCCCCCUUACCCAGGAAUGGAACAACCUCCACACCAUCCUUACUAUCAGCACCAUGCUCCACCUCCUCAAGCUCAUCCCCCUUACUCAGGACAUCAUCCAGUACCACAUGAAGCAAGAUACAGAGAUAAACGAGUACAUGAUUAUGAUAUGAGGGUGGAUGAUUUUCUUCGUCGCACACAAGCUGUUGUCAGUGGUCGGAGAAGUAGACCCCGUGAAAGAGAUCGGGAACGAGAGCGAGACCGCCCUAGAGAUAACAGACGAGACAGAGAGCGAGAUAGAGGACGUGAUAGAGAAAGAGAAAGAGAGCGAUUAUGUGAUCGAGACAGAGACCGAGGGGAGAGAGGUCGAUAUAGAAGAUAAUGGGCUUUUGGAAGCACUGAUUGUUUAAAGAUACAAAAAAUCUUGUAUUUUUUUGUGUGUGUGUUUACAAGUAGUAAAUUUAUUUUCAGCUGUCUAUAAAGUUCAUUGUGUAGAAGGAUUUAUUAUGACCCCCUUUGUUCCAAGCAUGCAGUAUCAUAAGAACUGGAAAAACUCAAAUCCGCCAAAAAUCCACAGCUGACAGUUGAAUUGACACUUUUAUUGGGGCAGAAUGGAACAGUCCAAGAAUGUAGAUAUUGAUUGUUUCUCCAUAAAUGUCCUUGUAGUGUGUUCAUCCUAGAGUUAUUUUUUUGUUUGUUUUUUUCCUUUUUGGAUCUUGAUUGAUAACUGCCAUGCUAUUUUGCUUUGAUGUGUUUAUACAUGUAGUUGCACACGGUUCAGUAAAAAUAAUGCUGCUAUCGAGUAUGCGAACAUCGAAGUAUGAUGGUCUGACUGUAUGCGGUGUUGUAGCAGCCUCUUGUUUUUUUCCCCAUUGCCUCUUUUUUAAAAAACUUGUAAAGUCACUUUUUAUUUUUCCUCAGUCUUCAAUGAUGAGAGCAAUAUUAAGAAGACAUUGCUAUCUAAUUUUUAAUCUUUUUAAAUGAAAAAUUCCUAUGUUCAGUAGCGUGGUUGAUGCUAUUGUUUAGCCUUCCCCUCCAAAUUGUAUACAUUGGCUUGGAAUGUUCAACUUGCGUGCGUGGCAGCGGAAGACGAUUCCCAUAUUCUACAUUGCUACUGUUUUGUAUAAAAUAAAUUGGUAAAGAUUGACGGUCA